AGCGCGCCGGCGCUUCUGACUCCGUAGGAAGCCGGCCCACACCUGGCUGAGUGCUGUCCCGCUCCGGAGAAAGGAGCUUUCGCCGUCGGAGAGGGCGUGAAGUACCCAUGGGGCUGGGGCCGCGCUCCCCCCAUAAGGACCGGCGCCGGUUCCCGGCUGGCGGCAAACGGGGGCGUGGGGCCAGGGGGUCAGGGCGCCCCGCAUCAGGCCGCCAGCGACAACCCUGCCCUCCUCCGGACGGGCGCUCGGAGCCGGCUCUAGAUGCGCCCCUUCACCUAAGUUCCGAAGCGCUGGGGUAUUUCCGCCGGGCGCUGUCUGCGCUGAAAGAGGCCCCGGAGACUGGAGAAGAACGAGAGCUGAUGGUGCACAAUGUUUUGAAAGAAGCGGAGGCUCAGGCCAUAGCCUUGGCCACACAUAGGACUGGCAGUGAGAUGCUGCAGGAACUGUUGGGGUUCAGUCCCCUGAAACCUCUGUGUCGGGUAUGGGCAGCUCUGCGUUCCAACUUGCGCUUUGUGGCCUGUCAUCGAAGCGGGGUCCAUGUAUUGCAAAGUGCUUUGUUACAGCUGCCUCGAUUGCUAGGGAGCCGUGCAGAAAAUGAGGAGGUGGAGGAGGAGGAGGAUGGGAAGAAAGGUUCCUUGGAGACCCUGGAGGAGCUGGUCCAAGGACUAGCCUCUGAGGUGUGUGAUGAUUUUCUUUUCUACUGUGGAGACACACAUAGCAGCUUCGUGGUCAGAACUCUGCUGCAGGUGUUAGGAGGGACUCUUCUGGAGUCUGAGAGAGCCAGACACCGUGGCUCCCAGUCACCUGAAACACAAAGGGCCCCACCUCGAGAAUGUAAACCAACUGAUUUUGAGGUUCCUGAAUCCUUCUUGAAUUGCCUUCAGGACCUGAGCUCCUGCUUUCUGAAGGAUAUUGCUGUGUUUAUCACUGACAAGAUCUCCAGCUUCUGCCUUCAAGUGGCCUUACAGAUCUUACACCGCAAACUUCCCCAGUUUUGUGCCCACCUCUGUAAUGCUGUGAUUUGCUACCUGAGUAACCGCAAUUCCUCAGCAGAUGGCAGCCCCCUACUGCUAUUUCUGCGGGAUCAGACGAGCUCCAGACUCCUGGAGCAGGUGCUGCUGGUGUUGGAGCCUCCGAAGCUCUGGAGCCUCUUUGAGGAUCACUUCCAAGGGCAGCUGCAGAUCCUCGCUGCACAUCCUAUUGCCAACUUCCCUUUGCAGCGUUUACUGGAUGCUAUCACUACACCUGAGCUACUGUCCUCCGUGUUUGAGGAGCUGAGCCCUGCCUUGGAAGCUGUGCUGGCCCAGGGUCACCCAGGGGUAGUUGUUGCCCUGGUGGGGGCCUGCCGCAGAGUUGGAACCCACCAAGUCCAGGUCCUGCAGCUGUUGUUAGAGGCAUUCCACUGUGCAGAGCCCUCUUCCCGGCAAGUGGCCUGCGUGCCUCUCUUUGCCACUUUGAUGGCUUACGAGGUGUACUAUGGACUAGUAGAGGAGGAGGGGACAGUGCCUGCAGAGCACCAGGUUGAAAUGGCCACAGCCAGGGCCCUAGGGGAAGUGUCAGUCCUUGGGUCUCUACUGCUCCAGCAUCUAUUACAUUUCUCUGCUCCUGGCCUUAUACUUCGAAGUCUGGGUGCCUUGACAGGACCACAACUUCUGACUCUGGCCCAAAGCCCUUCUGGUUCCCAUGUGCUUGAUGCCAUCCUGACCAGUCCCUCCGUGACGCACAAGCAGCGCCGCCGUGUGCUGAAGACCCUAAAGGGACAAUAUGUGGCUCUGGCUUGCAGUCGCCAUGGCAGCCGUGUGCUAGAUGUCAUCUGGGGUGGAGCAGCCUUGGGGGCCCGGAAGGAAAUUGCUGCUGAGCUGGGGGAGCGGAACCAGGAGCUGAUAAAAGAUCCUUUUGGCCACCACGUGGCUCGAAAUGUGGCCCUGACUACCUUCUUGAAGCGACGAGAAGCUUGGGAACAGCAGCAGGGGGCGGUGGCCAAGCGGAGGCGGAUUUUGAACUCAAUACUUGAGGACUGAGGCCUUGGGAUCCGGGACUGGGUGUUGAUGGGGGAGGGGGAAAGGGAGUAUCUAUUUUAUCCCCUUCCUGGUUUAAAUUGGAGUCAAAAGUCUUAUUAGUAAACAUUUUUAUAUUUUUAUUGAAAA